UUGCAGCUGCACUUGUUUAAUCCUAAAAUUUUGGUUAAAGUGGAGUUAAAUCAUAGAUCCCAAGUUGUAUUUUGCACAAAUUUGAUCGGAUAAUCCUGCAGCAAUGGAUGAUGGAGACUUUGAUCAUGACGACGUCGGAGGAGACGAAUUCGACGAUGUUGAAGAGGAUGAUAACAUUGAUGAGCUGAAUCAGGAGGAAGAUGGAGAUAACAUCGAGCUGAUAACGCACGGCCAAGCAGGAGGGGGUGUCCCUAAAUCGAAACGGAUUACUUCUAAAUACAUGACCAAGUACGAAAGGGCUCGUGUUCUGGGGACCCGUGCACUGCAGAUUGCAAUGUGCGCUCCAAUUAUGGUGGAACUGGAAGGAGAAACCGAUCCCCUGCAGAUUGCGAUGAAGGAAUUGAAACAGCGAAAGAUUCCCAUCAUUAUUCGCCGGUUCCUGCCGGAUUCUUCGUAUGAAGAUUGGAGCAUUGACGAGUUGAUUAUUAUCGACCAUUAAGAAGUUCAAAAUAUGGAUGUGUUAAUGUAUGAUUUUAUAUUUAAGAAAUAUAGUUAAG